AUGGCGCGGGGAGGGGAGCGCGGUGGCCGGCUGCCCGGGAGGCCGGCAGGGAGCCGCACGGCGCCCGACCGCUGCGGCCCGGAGCGGGGUUCCUGUCAGGAGGGCGCCACCGCCGCCGCCAUCUUCCGGGGUUUGAAAAUGGCGGCCGCGCGGCGACCAGCCAAUCAGGGGACGGUUAAAGAAGCAGGGGAAGCUGUAACUUCGUACGGCUCAUUUCAGAGGGAGUGCCUUUCUGUCCACAUUGGCCAAGCUGGCGUCCAGAUUGGGGAUGCUUGUUGGGAACUCUAUUGCCUGGAACAUGGGAUCCAGCCCGACGGCGUUGUUCUCGACGGUGGGAAGGAUCGGCUGGCACAUAAAAUGGAGCUUGCGGGCGCAUCUUUCGAUUCCUUCUUUUGCGAGACAAGAGCUGGGAAGCACGUGCCCAGAGCACUCUUCAUGGACCUGGAGCCGACGGUUGUAGACGGAAUCCGCGCGGGCAGGUACCGCUCACUCUUCCACCCUGAGCAGCUGGUGAGUGGAAAGGAGGACGCUUCAAACAACUACGCCCGAGGUCGCUACACUGUGGGGCCUGAAAUUAUCGAAAUUGUGCUAGAGAGGCUCCGAAAGCUGGCAAAACAGUGCAGCGGGCUUCAGGGAUUUUUGAUUUUCCGGAGCUUUGGAGGAGGCACUGGUUCGGGACUUACAUCUCUGUUAAUGGAGCAGCUCUUGCUGGAAUACAGCGGGAAGACUAAAUUGGAGUUCUCCGUCUACCCAGCCCCCAGGAUCUCCACUGCCGUGGUGGAGCCUUAUAACUCUGUCCUUACCACGCACCCCACCAUAGAGCACUCAGACUGCACCUUCCUGCUGGACAAUGAGGCCGUCUAUGACAUAUGCCACCACAAACUUGACAUUGAAUGCCCCUCUUACGCCAGCAUUAACAGGCUGGUGAGCCAGGCAGUCUCCUCCAUCACGGCUUCCCUCCGGUUUGAGGGGGCCCUCAACGUGGACCUAGUGGAAUUCCAGACCAACCUGGUCCCUUACCCGAGAAUACACUUCCCCGUGACAAGCUUUGCUCCCAUCAUCGCCCCCGACAACGCCCACCACGAGGAGCCCUCUGUGUUAGACGUCACUGCUGCUUGCUUCCAGCGCUCCAACCAGCUGGUCAAGUGCGACCCUGGCCUGGGGAAGUACGUGGCCUGUUGCCUGCUCUACAGAGGGGACGUGGUCCCCAGAGAGGUCAACGCGGCGAUCGCGGCCGUGAAGUCCAGGGACUCCGUUCAGUUUGUAGAUUGGUGUCCCACUGGCUUCAAGGUGGGCAUCAAUGGUCAUCCCCCCAGGGCGGUGCCAGGAGGGGACCUGGCCGAGGCCCAGCGGGCUGUCUGCAUGCUGAGCAACACCACGGCGGUCGCGGAGGCCUGGGCCCGCCUGGGCCACAAGUUCGACCUCAUGUUCGCGAAGAGAGCGUUUCUGCAUUGGUACAUCCGGGAGGGCAUGGAGGAGGGCGAGUUUGAAGAGGCCAGGGAAGACUUGGCCGUCCUGGAGAAGGACUAUGAGGAAGUGGGGCGGAGUUUCUGAUGCACAGCCGACAGGUGCGCCUGCGCGCUCCGGUCAACGCGCAUGCUCUACUCUCGAUGGGUAGAGUUCCCCGGAUUAGAAGAAAAAGGACGUGAAGCAAGACCCUGAGAUCCACCCUCAUCAGAUGGGUCCGUGUGGACAGCGAGCGGACACGCCUGCCUCCGCAGGUGCCGCCCAGCCCCGCUCCCUGUGAGCCUCUAAGGUUUGGAGUCCUUUCAACUUCUGGGUCUCAUCUUUUCUUUUUCCUCCUUUUUGGUUGGAAUGGAAACCUGGCUUUAUUCUCUGCUUUUUCAGCCAAGUGUCUGUGGAACCGCAGAGUGAAUGGUUCCCCUUCCCCGGAGCUGAGGUGGAAACCAGUGCAUCAGGAUGAUGUGUCAUUUCCCCCACGUCGCUGUCUUGUGCGUUGAUGGAGCAAUGACUCUUUUCGAUCCUUUGCUUCCUCCAGAUGUGGGCCUUCAGGUCUCAGUCUGCUCUCUGUACAAACAAAGGAGCAGCAUGUUCUCGGACGUCUCAAACGUGAGAAUCUGUGUGUCCUGCAGCUCCGAAGGGCAAAGUCAGUUCUUUCAGCCCUUCUGUCCUUGAGGACAUGUUCUUGACGCGCAGCCAGCAGAGCCCUGCAUCCAAACCAUUUAAGAGGUUUAGGAAAAAAAUGCAGAUGCUCGAGCUUCACUGCGGACUUGCUGAGUGAGAAGCCCUGGCGUUUGGAUGGAGGGGCACCUGAGGAUUUAAGUUCAAAAACCACCUAAUGGGAUUAACUUUUUUGUAUUAAACUGCCCCGCGUUUAAACAAGUGAUAAUUUAAAAUGGACUCGGGAGUUCCCGUCAUGGCUCAGUGGGUUAU